UCUAGCUGUAGGUGGUUCCUGUGGUUUUCAAUCAGCGUUUCUAGUCCAAUGUCGCUCAAGCUCAGAAAGUCUCUUUCAGUUUCAGGAUCUGUGGCUGGCAGUUCCUUCUCUUGUGCUCCCAAAAGGGCAAGGGGGUACAUUUACCACUACAAUAGAUUCCUGAUUUGGUGGCAGGUUGCUAUCUUGUCGAAUGCUCUCUCACGGCUUUCUCACUGGCUUACAUUCAUGUCAACUCCUCCCCCAAUUAGGAUGUUUUGCCCAGUUACCAACGUGAGACUGAACGUCAGUUGCACAAUUCUCUCCCAGUUGAGCAGUUCCUUUGGAUUCAGAGUUGAUGCUGCAGGAAACAGGAACAGAGCAGACUAUAACUCAAGUGGAGAAACCUUAGGAAGAAAAGAACCUGGAGCCAGGACUGUCACAGCUGAUCGGGAGUAAUUCUAUAUCAGUGAAAGAGUUGGUUGGGACACACGGACAGCUCGCUUCCCAGGAAAGAUGGAGAAAACUAAUUCUCAUUCUGAAAAGGUGCAACGUUACAACUCGAUUGAAAAGGAGGGCAAAUCUACAUGUAUCAGAUUUCUCAGAUGCAGGAUUAGAAUUGUAGCUGAAUUCCUCCUCCUAGCUGCACUUCUCAUUUCUUGGGCAGUGAUGGGAUUUAAAACCCAGCAGUCAUGUCCACUCUCCAACUCUGCCUCAUGUCCAGUGAGCCGUUCCACCUCCUCAUGUGUGGAUGGCUGGAUCGGGUACAGAGGGAAAUGCUACUAUUUCUCAGAGGCUGAAGGGAACUGGACCUACAGCCAGAAUAAUUGCUCUUCCCUCGGUGCCUCCCUGGCUGUGAUUGACGCCCGGCAGGACCUGGAUUUCAUACUGCGAUAUAAAGGCACCACAGAUCCGUGGAUUGGUCUCCAGAGGGGCUCUGAUCAUCACUGGAAAUGGACAAAUGGCACCAAAUUCAACAACCUGUUUGAAGUCAGAGGAGAUGCAAACUGCGCAUUUCUGACGGAGACUGCAGUCAGCUCUUCAAGGUGCUACACCGUGAGAAGCUGGAUCUGCAACAAACCGUAUGCGUAAUAGAUGAAGGGAAAGUAACACGGACAUGCAGGGGGGAUGCCAGAAAUGAAGGACUUAAAUCACAGAUCGACUCUGAAAACCAAGAGCAAAAAACUGCACCUUAGGAGUACUGAUUUAUCAUCUCUUGGUGUCUCCAGAUCAGAUGGGCUCAUUUUACAAGUAAACAGAUGCUGCUGGGGUUCCUCCCUACCCCCACCCGCACCCCCUUUAGCUGCCAGCACCACAAGCUCGCUUCUGGGAUCUGAGAGUUAAGCUGGGUUCUCGAUUUUGUACAGCAUCUCCAGGGAUAAAAGUUCUGCGGGGCACAGAUGCUGCCCUUUGUGGACACCCAUGUAGUUCUUCCGUCCCUUUCCCGUCCUGCCUUCCGUGACCGCCAUGAGGCCCCCGUCCUCUUCCCAUGCUGCCCCUCUGACCCACACGGCCCCUGUCCCCUCCCUAUCCUGCCCUCUAUGACUUUCGCACCAUCCCCCCAUCACCUUGUCCAGCCCUUUACUGACCCUCCUGGGAAGGGGGUUUGUGCGCACCUAUAUAUGCUCCUUGAAAUGUUUUUUAUCUUGGUUAUUUAUGAAGGCAGUAAUGGCUGAGCAGAUGCGUAUUACCCCACUGCCCUAAGUAUUUACACCUGGCUCGUUUCUGUGACCUCUGAGCCCCAGCAAUUCCAGGCUACGAGCCCAUAAAAGAAAUUGGAUCAAAA